CUCGAGCAUUAAAAGCGGCCUUGAGCUUCCAUAGACCUCGAACAAUCAUGCGCUUCUCAAAAGGUUGCAGACGUGAAGCAUCAUCAUGCGCGCUCUCCUCAUCAUCGGGCUUCUAGCCAUCUACGAAGCUGCAGCUUCAGACUCAAGUAGUGGAUCACCUACUCGCAGUCCAGCGCCUUUAGUCACCAGCCUCAAUAUCACGGUCGAAGACCUAUGGAACAUCUACAUAGGUCCCGUGGAGACUGCAACGGUCAACACAACCGUGGAGCCCACUCCGAUUCCGAGCUCGCAGCUGAUCCCACCUCCUCAGUUAUACUAUCCGUCCUACCUGACUGGGGCCCAGAUCCCCGGACAAGGGAAGAACGAGAGCUGGUCAUUCCCGAAAGGGUUCUGGUGGGGCGUUACAAGCGCCUCAUACCAAGUUGAAGGAGCUGUCAAAGUGGAUGGCCGCGGCCCCAGCUUGUGGGAUGCAUUCACUCACCGAGCGAUGAGUGUGGCUGACAACCAGACUGGAGAUGUUGCGAUCAACCAGUACUACACCUACAAAGAAGACAUCCAGCGGAUUGCCGCAAUGGGCGUCAAAGCUUAUUCCUUCUCCAUCUCAUGGUCCAGGAUCUUCCCCUUCGGAAAUGGUCCCGUCAACGAAGCCGGUCUGCAGCACUACGACGACGUGAUCGACACGUGCCUGCAGUAUGGAGUUGAGCCUCAGGUAACCCUUUACCACUGGGACCUCCCACUGUACCUGCAGCUCUCGUACGGAGGCUGGACCAACGAGCGAAUCGUCGAAGACUACGUAGCGUAUGCGAAAGUGCUACUGAGUCGAUGGGGGGAUAAAGUGGCACAGUGGUACACCUUCAACGAACCCAUCUCCUUCUGCGGAGAGUAUCCCGUCCCGGACGGGUACUUCACGCGCACCACGAGCAUUCCGGACGCGCAGCAGAAGUUCUGGUGCGGCCACUACAUGCUCCUCGCCGCCGGGAAGACGUACCACCUCGCCCGGUCCCUGAACAUCACCGCGCCUGUCAGCGUCAAGAACAACGGAGGCUACAAGCUGCCCCGGACGAACUCAAGCGAGGACGCCGAAGCCGUUGAGCGGGCCUGGGCCUUCAACGAAGGGUGGUUCGCCGACCCGCUGUUCCUGGGCGACUAUCCCUCGCGGCUGAAGAACUUCACCUCAAGCUUCCUGCCGGAGUUCACCGCGGAAGAGAAAGCCCUCAUCAAGGGCGCGAGCGACUACUUCGCGCACGAUGCGUACACCGCCGCAUACUACAUGGCGCCCGAUGCCGGAAUCGCGGGCUGCCUGGCAGACCCGAGCAACAGUCUCUACCCGAAGUGCUACAACUCGACGUACACGUUGCCGGCCAGCGAGGGGGGCUGGCUGAUAGGACCGGCCUCGGACCCGAACACGCGCUGGCUGCACAAGGCCACCGAGUGGCUCCCUGCGUUCCUGCACUAUAUCGAGCGCACGUGGAAGCCGGCGAACGGGAUCGUGAUCACGGAGUUCGGGUGGACGGAGCCGUUCGAGGCGUACAAGACGAAGCGCGAGGAUAUCCUCACCGACCCUGUGCGAUCGGCCUACUAUCACGACUACGUAGAGGCGAUGCUGACGGCCGUAGCGGAGGGGGUCAAUUUGGUGGGGUGCUUGGCCUGGUCGAUUGCUGACAAUCUGGAGUGGACGGCGGGGUUUACUGUUAAGUUCGGCUUGCAGUACGUCAACCUCACGACGCAAGAGCGGUUCUACAAAGCCAGCUUCUUCGAACUGGCAAACCUGUUCAAGACAUACAUCAAGGAAUGAGAUUGCGAGCGCUCGACUAUCAGUGCUCGAUUCUACCAAGCAAUAGAGUCUAUCUUCCCAGACUGGGAUCAUUGUAGCAAUGAAACCGCACACAUAGCAUAGGCACG